UUAUUCACAAUAUUAUCUUUAGUUUUCGUUUAAAUAAAAUUGUUUUUUUUUUUUGUAAAAAUUAUUAGUAUUUAAAAUUGAGUCAAUAGAGUAUUUUAAAGAUUAUAUUAUGUUUUAUUAUAAAAAUUUUUCAAAUGAGAUAACAACAAAUGAAUGAACACUUUGUCAAGCAAUUAGAAGCUAUUAUAACCGACUACUAGAUAUGAUAAAGUAUUUUUAUGUGUUCAUAGCACGGUGAUAAAUAUAUCUUUAAUCGUGGUUCAUAUUACAAAGGUAAAAAAAUUGAUACGAAUUCAAUGUUUUGUACAAUAGCUGCUAUCAUUAAUGCCCACUAUUAUAUAAAGGUCAUUUUUAAAUAUUCUAUUUUUUCAUUUUAUCCCAUCAUAUUGACUAAAUAAAAUUUAGUACCCCAGAGUAUUUUUUCAACAUUUUUUUAAGGAAACACUUUUUAUGCGCAUAAGAGGUAAAGGGACCGAACCCCCUUACGCCCCUCCCACACUUAGUACCUUGGUCAGAGGACUUAAAAUAUGUAGAACGAUUGUAGUGAAUUACUUAAGUACAGUAAUAGUUUAAUUAUUAAUAUUAUCAUUUUCAUUUAAUUAUUUUUUUGAGAAUAACUUCUGAAACAAUAUGAAACACGUAAUUACGUAAUCAUAUGUAUAAUGAAUCCAUAGAUGGAUAAUUGGUCAAAUAUUUUGAGGCUAGACAAAUUUCAGUCAAUUAUCCAGAGGAGCGCUUACAUUAUUAUAAUGAAAAAUAAUUUAGAAGUUUUGUUAGGUACACGUUGAGAUGGGAUGACGUUAGUUUUUUAAAUAAAUACGAGAACAUAGUAAAUGGUACAAGCAGAGUCAGUGGGUCAUACCGUUCACGUUUGUGUUUGUCAGGACAGGUAUGCCGCUGACACCUGACAAUAGUUUAUUAUUGUUCUGCAGCCGUCGAGUGGACUGGAGAUUCCGCGUUAACAAUAUUCGACCUACGCGACCUUCGACGUAUUGUCCACCAAAACAGCUACCACAGCCGUCGUAACGGUGGCGCUGUUAUUGGAUCGGUCCCUACGACGUGUUGCAUCAAAUGAUUAUCUCACUCGUGCGCGUUGUGUCGGUCGUUUUGUUCUAAUGUUGUUUUUGAAUUAAAUUGAAUUGGUAGCUGCUCAUUGGUUAAUAAAUUUAACGAUGCUAUUUGCCUUCCGUGUAUUCUGAGCAUCGCAGUGUCCAAUUGGUUUGACUAACAGCUAGUAAUCGGCUCCAGUUGUUGAUUUUUUUUAGAUAUACGAGAAGAGUGUUUAUACAUCCAUUUGGAGGUAUUCAUGUCUGUUCGAUACGCCCAAAGGACGUUAUCAGAGUUGGCCUGUCUUAUAUCGUAUGUGGAGUUGCUUCAUCCAUCACCUCCAAACGGUCCGGCAGUGGUUCUAAAUGGAGGUACUAAAUGAUAUAGAAACUUACCCAGGAUUUUGCUCAAAGUGUGGUUCUAUACUCCCCCCUUUGAGUAUGGAAGAAUUCUUAAAAUGUUAUUCAUGCAAAACAGUUUUUGGGCCAGAAAUUUAUGGAGACUCCACAUCGGAAUAUGAAAUUGUAUUGAACUCUAUUGAAGAUAUUGAUGCUGUCGUAAAAGUUGAAGAUCGAAAUGUUGAUGAUGGACCUAUAGCUGAACGAAGAUGCAAUGCUUGUGGUCAUAACCAAAUGUCUUAUGCUUCAGCACAAUUAAGAUCAGCUGAUGAAGGACAAACAGUAUUUUAUACAUGUUUAAAAUAUUCACUGAGUCAGAAAAUUCCUGAAAAAAUAUUUUUACUAGUUCAUUUGUUUAAAAUGUUGGGAACUUUUUUGUGUAUUUAUUACUGUUUAAUAAAAAUAGAUAUAAUCAAGAAUAUGUAAUACUUUAAUUUAUUUUAAAUAUAAUCACAAAAUAAUUUUA